UGUGUUGGUGUAUUUUGUAUUUUUUAUUGGUGCAACAGCGCAAACAUUCACUGCCUUUACUAGGGGAGCAAAGUAUAGUUUGUUCCGAACAAAAAAGUGCAACAUAACACCUGCUCGGAAGGGAGAAAAGAUUCCAUCAGUUUCUUUUCCCCCUAGUGUUGUCAUUGGUUACAAACAUAGGUGCUCCAAGUUGCAGCGAAAGAUCCUUUUCAAACCAAAGCGUUCACUUAACCUGUGUACCCGUACCCAUUUUGGGGCCGGAUGAAAGAAUGGAUAGUAAUUCACCUAAUCCGCAGCACAGUGGCAGUGGUCCUGUCCCCAGUGGUAGUAAUGAAAGGGACAUUGCCAACAGAAGAAAUCGUCUAAUGCGCAUAACGCAGCGUACAAUUGAUACGGACGACAGUAGUCGAAGCAGUAGCAGCAGCAGUUUCAGCGACAUGGAAGAUAACAACAAUGAAGUAGACGAGCGAAACGAACAAGGCGAUUUUGGUGCAAACAGUGCAACUUCCGAGCAUGGCCCCGAGGGCGAGGAAAUGCCAGAGGAUGAAGCAGCACGACUUUUCGAAGACUACAUCCGCGAACGCGAAUCUUCUGCGACGGAAAUUUAUAAUACAGAGCUUCCCACGGAACACGCAUACCUUGGCAAGAUGGAACGUGUUGAAGGGGUGGAUUAUCUGGAACCGGGCAAAACAUACCGUCUCCCCAUAUACAGCCAUCAUUCGAUUGUGUAUCCGGGCGAAAUUGUUCCACUGAUGCUGAACGAUUCUAAUUUCUACAGUUCCAACGACUCCUCCGAUGGGUUAAAAUUUGGUCUGGUGUUUCAAAAUCAGUACAGCGACAGUGGACGCGUGUACGGUGUAACGUGCCAGGUGUACGAACGUGGUUCGGAAGGAUUGUCGGCUCUCCUAAAAACGGUUGCCCAGCAACGAUUCUAUAUCGUUCGCCAUUCGCAGGAGCGAAGGGCCGAUGUAAAAAUUCUUCCCGAAAUCGUACUACCCGAUCCGCUGAUCAGUUGUUGCUCAAAUGCCAUGGUACGGUACGCCUACAGUAGCCGGAAGGAUCGGCUGACGAGCUUUAAGCGCUUGCUGACGCAAACGACGGUAUGGCCACAGUUUGUCUACGACCAGUAUGACACGAAGGAAGUGAUGGCAAAGGUGGAGCGGUUUCUUUCGUCACUCAACAUAACCAGCGUUCAAACGGAUAAAGUGAAGUUGUCGUUCUGGUUGGCGCGAAAUAUUCCGCUGACGGAGGAAUAUCGGAAGAUGAUCUUCUGUACCGAUUCGGUGUUGCGUCGUAUGUUGAUAAUCAAUAAGGCGCUCGAUCAUAUGUGGUAUUUUAUAUGCAAACGAUGCGAAAGCGAGAUCGCCAAUUAUGAUGAUAUGUUCGCGAUGUCGAAGCAGGGUGUGCAAACCAGCUACUGCAACCCAUCCGGUUACGUACAUGACACGCUCACCGUCCACAAGACGAAGGAAAACUCAACUCUGCCCGUUGAACGGCCCUCAACGAACUUCAGCUGGUUCCCGGGAUACUCGUGGCAAAUUAUUGUAUGUGCGAACUGUCGACAGCAUCUUGGCUGGAAGUUUGUAGCGGAGAAGAAGAACGUUUUACCCAAAAGUUUCUAUGGGCUGUCUGGUACGAACAUUACCGUUAAAUCACACGGAGAUGUGAAGAAGACUGAAGACGAAUUUAACGUCACCGCCAGAACCCCAGCGAGCGAAGAGCAGUUAGAUUAUGAAGAACUGUCCGAGUUUGACUCCAGCACUGAUGAGGAGCUAUAUUGAGCAUCGGCGGAGGUAUCCGUAGUCAAAUGGGUCAUGAGUGAGUUUUUCUUUUGUUUUCGGCUGUCUUGAUGCGUUUUAAUUAAUGUAUUGUAUUAUUGUUUCCAUUCAUUAUCCUGGCUGGUAAAACCCCGUGCGGGGAAGGACAUUUAGAGGUUCGUUUUUAAACCCUCUCCGGUUUGUUAGUCUGUUAAACGAAUACGUUUAUUAGUUUCGAUGUGUCGAAGGCGAUUCAAUCACCUUGAUCAGUUUAUAGCUGCCUUUAAAAUAAAUUUUAUCUAACUUUGGAAGCUUGAAUGAUAUUCAUUGGGAAAAUAAUCUAUCUAAUUUCUUAACAUAUUAUUCUACAGUACAUUUUUCCUGUACAACGUUUGUGCUUUUGGUCUUUGUACUUUGGAAGCAAAUUAGAAGGUUUAUGAAACAAAUGAUCACACCAUCUCAAUCUAUAUGUAACUAUUUGUCCAUACAUAAUCAUUCUCGCUUAAAGAGAAGUAAAUGAAAAUCUAUAUGUUAAGCUGGAAUGGACAUCAAAGAUGAGACAUUAUGUUUCAUAUUUAUCCACAUAAAAUGUUAUACAACUAUAA